CUUAUUUGCACGACAGGUCAACACAACUACUACGAUUUAAUCGUGGACAAAAAACCAGCGUCUGGCAAGAAAGUAUGGGUAUUUGGAAGAUCCCAAGACUCAGACUUCACAUUGGCAUCAUCCUCACGUAUAUCCAACAAACACUUCAAAUUGUGGCUCAAUUUUUCAGACAAUUCCUUGUGGAUUCAAGACACAUCAACCAACGGAACCCACUUGAAUCACAUACGGCUUGUGAAAGGCUCAAACUAUAUGUUGAACCAGGGAGACGAGAUAGCAGCUGGUGUAGGGAUUCCUAAGGAUGUGAUCAGGUUUGUCGUGCUUUUCUCUGAUCCAUAUAACCCCACCAAGAUGGGCCAACAAGGACCUGGAGGGACAGGUGCCGCAGCUGUGCUUAAAGACCAAGGAAUAUUCAAGGACUACAUCAUCAAGAAUGAGACUAUUGGCCAAGGUGCAUUUGCAACUGUCAAAAAGGCAGUGGAAAGAUCCACGGGACAUUCUUACGCAGUGAAGAUUAUUAACCGCAGAAAGGCAUUGAAUACGGGAGGUGGCCCUACUGGUGGUUUGGCUGGCGUGGAUAGGGAACUUUCUAUUCUCAGGAAGUUGGACCAUCCAAACAUUGUUAGUCUUAAAGGAUUCUAUGAAGACAUCGACAAUUACUAUAUUAUCAUGGAACUUGUUCCUGGUGGCGAUCUUAUGGAUUUCGUAGCUGCAAAUGGUGCCAUUGGCGAGGAUGCAACACAAGUCAUAACGAAACAAAUCUUGGAAGGAAUAUCAUACGUGCAUAAACUUGGAAUUUCUCACCGAGACCUCAAACCAGACAAUAUACUCAUUAUGCAAGAUGAUCCCAUCCUUGUCAAGAUCACAGACUUUGGAUUGGCUAAGUUUAGUGAUAAUUCAACGUUCAUGAAAACAUUCUGUGGCACUUUAGCAUAUGUUGCACCAGAGGUAAUCACAGGUAAAUAUGACUUAUCUCAGAGUGAAUCUCCAAAGGAUAAUUACUCUUCGUUGGUUGAUAUAUGGUCAUUGGGAUGUCUUGUUUAUGUUCUUCUUACCUCACAUUUACCUUUCAACGGUAAGACGCAAGCUCAAAUGUUUCAAAAGAUCAAACAAGGGGAAUACCACGAGUCCCCUUUGAAUUCCUAUGAAAUCUCAAAGGAGGGGAGAGACUUCCUAGAAUGUUGUUUGCAAGUCAAUCCAAGAUUGAGAAUCACAGCAGAUGAAGCUUUGCAACAUCCAUGGAUAAAAAACGUAUACAACGAGGAAAGCCAGGAGAAGGGGUUAAGUUUAUCCCAAUCUCAAUCUCAACAGUCUCGUAAGAUUGACGGAGGAGUUUUGCCAAUUGAUUCAAUUAGCAAAAUAGAUGAAGAUCUUAUGAUGAGACCAUUAGACAGCGAGAAGAAUAGAAAGACCAAAGGUCAGAAGAAUGAUUUCAAAGUACCAAAAAGGGUGGUCCCCUUACCACAAUCUCAGCCACAUGCAUCACAACCAUUCUCACAGCCUCAAAGACAGCCACUUCAACCACUUCAUCCGUCUCAGCCUCCCUCAUCAUCUCUUUCACCAACCAAACUAGCAGAAAACCCGGGCUCAUACAAUUCAAAUAACGAUUCAUUUCCUAUUCCUUUUGGAGAGAAGGAAAAUCAUGUACCUACCAAAAUAUCGGAAGGAGAAUCUGCCCCCAUUGAGAACUUGAAAAUUUCAACUAGUUCAAACCCAUCUGGAGAUGUACCACCUAGUACAAUUAUCAGACUAAUGCCUUUGCCCAAUUCGAUGUCUCAGAACCCGCUCUACUUAAAGCAAGGAAUCAACCCAUAUUCUAUUGGAAGAAACGAAGUGUGUGAUACGUUUAUCAACGAUGAUAGAAUGUCAAAAAUCCAUUGUGUCAUUCACACGAAGGUAAACGAAACUUCCAACAAUCUUAAUCAAAUUUGGCUUCUAGACUUCAGUACUAAUUCCUGUUCUGUGAACAAGAGUGUCAUUGGAAAAGGCAAAAAGAUUCAGCUAUUCCAAGGGGAUAACUUGUAUUUCUUUGUGGACGAUAAGUCUAGAGAGAGCAUAGGCUACGAAGUUAUUAUAGAAAACUCCACAGGACUUGAAAAUGGUGGGAAGAGAAUU